GUUUGGCGCUUUGGUGUCUUCAAGAUGGCGGGGCUGCAGUUGAGGCAGUAUGGCGACGCGUGGAGAAUAUAAUAAUUCUUGAAAGGUAGUCAGGUGCCCAAUAGAAGACAGCCGUGUCAUAUUAAUCGCUCCUAGAAGAUACAAGUGGAGGAUGAUCAGAGCCUAGAUCCCAUAUUAAGCUGAAUGCAUUGUGAUUUCCAAUAAUUGAGACAGUGAUUCUGAAAGCUGUCUACAUUAAUGAAAAGAACAAUGUAGUCAGCUUAGCAAUUUCACCUCUGGUACGUGGUCUAUACAGGGAUGUGCUUCUGCAUGUUGCAUUCUGGGUUUAGAUAAGAAGAAAGUCUCUUAACAGGUCAGAUUUUAGAAUACAUUAUCAGUCGGUAUAAGUGUUAGUUCGUUACACAGAGGAAAUGGAGAUAGAUGAUGUGCUCCCCCCUCUCCCCUUGGAGCCACCUGGUGAUUUUGGCCAAGAUGAGGGCAUAGCACCUCCACCACCUCCCCUGCAAACGUCCAGUGACGCAGAGGUAAUGGACGUUAGCUCUGGUGGUGAUGGAUACACAUACACCCCAGGGGACGGGGAAGCAACGUCACAGCAGCCCCUCAGCAAAGGCUCGAUAACUUUCUGUAGCCACCUCUCAGAUGAGGCCAAUCCCGAACCACAGUGCCCCAGAACAGCCCGCCACGCUCCCCCAGUCACCGGGUUCCUACCAAACCUCCAGCUGCUCAGAGAUGUUAAGAUCCGUGUAAGCUUCACUGAAAGCAGCAAUAGCAAAGACAGGAAGGUUUUGUACACAGGUGAAGGGCAAGAGGGAAGAAGCGAUGACUGCUUAGACAGCAUAAAUGGUGAGUUGCAUGACUCGAUGAGCGAGCAGGAGGUAGCUGAGGGUAGCUCUGGAGCAGGAAACAGACCAGAGGAGUCUGAUGUAGACAUGGAAAACAAGGUAGAGUUUGCGGUCCUGGAUGAGUUGGAUGACUUCUACGAGAACUUCCUGGAUCACGACGAUGUGGAUCAUGGUGGCUUUAAGUCUGAGGUCAUAGUUCAGCAGGAGCAAGCAGAUGAGGAGGCCGUGGGUUUCUCCUAUGAGGAGGAGUUUGACAAUGAUGUGGAUGCUCUGCUGGAGGAGGGCAUGCCAGUCGCAAAAAAGAUGCGUCCAGCAGAUGACAACAAUGGCGACAACAAUGACAGUGAUCAUCCGUCAGAUGGCGAAGGAGGUGUUCAGCCCAUGAUGACCAAAAUUAAGACUGUCCUGAAGAGUCGUGGGCGUCCACCCACCGAGCCUCUCCCUGAUGGAUGGAUCAUGACAUUCCAUAACUCAGGCAUUCCAGUGUACCUGCACAGAGAGACCCGGGUGGUCACCUGGUCCAGACCGUACUUCCUUGGGACUGGCAGUAUUAGGAAACACGACCCUCCCACCAGCAGCAUCCCUUGUCUACACUACAAGAAAAUUAAGGAUCGGGAGGAAAAGGAGCUGAUUGAGGAGAUGACACAUAAGGUGGAGGAGUCUCCUGUCAUGCCCGCCGACGAGGCCAAUGGUGAAGAGACGGCAGGCAAGUCAGAUGUCACAGCUGAGGAGCAGGACGGCGUCCUGCCCCCCGCUACAACUGAAGGUGACCCAGAUGGAGAGGGUACCACCAAUAACACCCUGCCGGUUAAAAAGCCCCAUCCCUUUGACCUUGCCCACGGAGCCUUAGGACAAGUGAGGGCCAAGGUGGAGGUGUGCAAGGACGAGUCCAUAGACCUGGAAGAGUUUCGCCUCUACCUGGUCAAAUGCUUUGACUUUGAACAAGUCACCGUAAAGAAGUUUCGUACCUGGGCCGAGCGAAGGCAGUUCAACAGAGACAUGAAGAGGAAGCAGGCCGAGACCGAGAGACCCAUCCUGCCUGCCAACCAGAAGCUCAUCACGCUGUCGGUCCAUGAUGCACCCACUAAGAAAGAAUUUGUCAUCAACCCGAACGGGAAGUCUGAAGUUUGCAUCUUGCAUGAAUAUAUGCAGCGAGUCCUAAAGGUUCGACCUGUUUACAACUUUUUUGAAUGUGAGAACCCAAGUGAACCCUUUGGAGCGUCGGUCGUUAUAGACGGAGUCACGUACGGCACAGGAACCGCAAGUAGUAAAAAACUUGCCAAGAAUAAAGCUGCUCGAGCCACACUGGAAAUCCUCAUCCCUGACUUUGUGAAGCAGACCUCGGAGGAGAAGCCCGUUGAGGGCGAUGAACUGGAGUAUUUUAAUCAUAUCAAUAUAGAAGACUCGAGGGUGUAUGAGCUGACCAACAAAGCGGGACUACUUUCGCCAUAUCAGAUUCUUCAUGAGUGCCUUAAAAGAAACCAUGGAAUGGGAGACACCAGCAUUAAAUUUGAGGUGAUCCCAGGGAAAAACCAGAAGAGUGAAUAUGUGAUGACGUGUGGGAAGCACACCGUGCGGGGCUGGUGCAAGAACAAGAGGGUGGGAAAACAACUAGCAUCGCAGAAGAUCUUGCAGAUGCUUCAUCCUCACGUCAAGAACUGGGGCUCACUGCUGCGCAUGUACGGCAGAGAGAGCAAUAAGAUGGUCAAGAAGGAGAACUCUGACAAGAGUGUGAUCGAGCUCCAGCAGUACGCCAAAAAGAACAAGCCAAACCUUCAUAUCUUGAACAAACUGCAAGAAGAAAUGAGGAAACUAGCCACGCAGAGGGAGGAAACCAGGAAGAAACCCAAGAUGACCAUAAUGGAGUCUGCCCAGCCGGGGAGUGAGCCCCUCUGCACUGUUGACGUUUGAGUCUUGAAAUCACUGAUGAACCACGGCACUGAAACCUCGUCACUGUCUGACAUCACACGCACCGCCAUCCCUCACUAAAUAUGCAUCAGACCUAAUGGCAAUAUAGUUCCACGUUGACCAGGCCAGUAGAGCUGAUUGCUUCGCCCGUGUUUUAUUGGUUCAGCUGGUAGAUGUGCACUAACUGACAGUAGAGCAGAUAUCGUCUACCUCUCUAGAUGCAUCCUCGCUAUAUGGCUCUAGAAAAAAGAAUCACCCACGCUGCAGAGAAGUAAACAUGACAUGAUAACAUAUGAACCACAUCACAAUAGAAACGCAUGCCUCUUUGAUCGCGAACACUCCACCCCUUGGUUUUGUUUUGAAGUGUCGUUUUCAACAGUCGCCGUCUUAGAGCGCCGCCAGUAUUUACUUUUGUUUGUGCUUAACGUAUUUGAAAGGGACUACUAAUACUUGUGUAUUUAUACUAUUCAUUUUAAUUGGGGAAACAAAGUUACUAGUUUAUUGGGUCUUUUAAUGGUCGGUGUUAUGAAUACGUUCUGUUGCUCCUCAGAAUGGACAGUUUGCGGUCUUGGUUUGCACGAUCUUCAGAAGAUGCAUUGUGAAGUGACGACCACGCAGAACUAUUGUUAUGCACUUGUGUCAUGUCGCUGGUACAGGAAUAACUUUGGUGUGUGUGUGUGUGUGUGUGUGUGUGUGUGUGUGUGUGUGUGUGUGUGUGUGUGUGUGUGUGUGUGUGUGUGUGUGUGUGUGUGUGUGUGUGUGUGUGUGUGUGUGUGUGUGUGUGUGUGUGUGUGUGUGUGUGUGUGUGUGUGUGUGUGUGUGUGUGUGUGUGUGUGUGUGUGUGUGUGUGUGUGUGUGUGAUUAAAGUACUAAUGCCAUGCACACAAACUAUUUGGUACAUUUCAACAGCUUUGUUUUGAGUUUGGGUGCCCUUAAGAAACCACAUUGGCUACAUGUUGCCUUAGUUAAUCCAUUUCAUGAAGGGCUCAGAGUAUAAUGCCGUACAUUGGACCUACAACAGGAAGUGGAAAGAUCAAGCCCCCUGUGCUCGAUAAAGCAUUUGUUUAGCCAAUUAGUAUUUUAAUGAAGACAGCCUGUAAAGCAUCAGCAACUUAAGGGACAAAUGCCUCCAGCAUGUGAGUUCUCAGACUCGUCUUAAUGGAUUGUGUGUGGUUUGCCAUCAUUGUGACCGUUGAUCAUAUUUUCAGUAGAAUACAUUUUUCAAAAGGCAGCCUUGCAACAUGUUGUUGGUACACUGACAUGAACAAGCUGAAAGUCUGUAUACCAAAGCUUACAUACAGUCUUAUGCAUUUUAUAGAAUACUUAAUGUUUCUGCAAACUGUACAGAAGAAACAUCGAACAGGAAUAAAACACUCAUCAACUGCUGGAAGGAAAUUAACUGCUGUGCAUUCUGUCAAGUGUUUGGCCUGUGGGUUUUCUACUAAAUAUUCAAAGGCGCUUCAGUUGUGACGUUGUAGGUUGCUUUAAGAAUGUGCUUUCCUUGUGUGUGUCUUACCACGUGUGUUUCAGUGAGAAGAAAAUACUGCUUUUACAUGUGUUGCUGUUGAGUUGUUUGAGUUGUUGCUGCCUAGAAAAUGAAGUAUGUAUCUCAACCUGAGCUCCAUGACUUCAGUGAUUUGUUAUGCAAAAUAAAAUGUCUUGACUAAUGACGGA